UGCCCUGACUAGAAAGCACCCACCGCUCAUUGCGAGCAGCAAAUACCGACACGAUGGUCUCCACAAAGCCAACUCCACACACCUGGACAUUACGGUUCAAGCACAACCGCAGCACGAUACUUCUGGAAGUCGACCCUCUACAGACAUUGCUUUCCGUCCGCGCCGAUCUCCUGCAAGCCCUCCAAGAGAGCAACCCGAAUGGCGAGCUCAACAAGCAAAAGAUCCCGUCGAAUCCCGAAGCUAUCGUUCUCGGCCGUGCGGUCGAUCGCAACAACCUCAAGCUAGGCUUUGAAACCAUCAAAAAGGACACGAGUGAGCCAGAUCCGAAGGGUAAGGGCAAGGCUGCAGUCACGGGCGGCGGGAAGAGCAGAACUGUGGGUGCCGAUGUGAUGGACUGUCCGCAGGGUGCCGGGUUGAAGAAUGCAGAUGUGGUAGUGUUCAAAUUCAAGACUGGCAACGAGGACCACGAUGUGGACGAGCUUCAGGCGGAAGAAUGGGAUGUCGUCAUACCUACGAUGGAAGACACUUACGGAGAUGACGAGGUGCAGGAUGAGGGCGUGAGCUUGGAGCAAGGUUGA